AUGGCAGCCCCCGAUCCUCCCCCGAAGUUCUCCAUUGCCCUCGGUGCUAAGAAGGCCGCGCCGCAAAAUACCAAGAAACGGCCGCACUCGACCCUCCACGAUUCCGACGACGAAGACGAGGGCGCACCCAAAGCGCAGGAUGUCUCGCACUUCGACGCAUCCGCCGGCGGCGCAAUCGACGCCGCCAAACCAAAAGACGAAAAAGGCCCCCUCGUCAUCACGAAGCAAGCGAACCGCGACUGGCACGCCGAAAGCCAGGCCCGCAAGCGUCAGAAGAGCCAGCUGCCCACCCGCCCCCAAGCGAACGGCCACGAAGACGCCGAGGACUUCCCCGAAGAGAAGCCGGUAUACGGCCUCAAUGUGGUGAAGAAGGCGGAUGCCGCGGAAGCUGGUGGAGACGCGGAUGCAGAAAAUACGACACAGGAUGCCACUGCUGCGCCGGCUGUGCCUAAGACGGAUGACCAGCUGGCGCUCGAGGCGCUGAUGGGUGAAGGAACGUCGUCCAACCUGGUUGUGCCCAUUGCCGAUAACGAGGAUGAGGCCUUCGCCCGCGACUAUGGACUCGCGCCCGACGUCGCAACACUCGAGGAAUACGAGGCCGUGCCUGUGGAACAGUUUGGAGCCGCUAUGCUGCGCGGCAUGGGCUGGAAAGAAGGCGAGGCCAUUGGCAGGCGGAAAGGUCUGAAGGCUGUGCAGCCAAGAGUUCUGGAGAAGAGGCCCGCAUUGCUAGGUAUCGGCGCGAAGCACGACGCGGCGAUUGCUGAAGAGCUGGGUGCGUGGGGUAAAGGCGGUAAAGGAAGAGGGAAGCCAGCGCAAUCGUACAACCCAGUCGUGAUGAGGAACAAGCAGACUGGGGAGCAGUUCACCGAGGAGGAGCUGAAGCAGAGACUUGCGGAGCAAGAAGCCGAAGAUGCGGCACGCGCGCGUGAGCUUGCAAGAAAGAAGGAUUCCCCUCCCCGCGAUUCGGAUAGGCGUCCGGAGAAGUCAUCAAGACGUCACAGAUACAUCGAGGAUGACGAACCCGAUCGCCGUGACAGAGAUAGACGAAGGAGAGAGAAGGAUUCGGAUAGGGACUACGACAGUAAGAGCCGGUCCUCGCGACGCGACCGCGACCGAGACCGAGACCGCAGCGCUUCUGACGAAGAUCGCUACCGGAAACGCAAGUACGACAGUAAAGACUACGACAAAACGGAUAGGGAUAGGGAUAGGGAUCGCGAUCGCGACAGAGAUCGCAAGCACCGCGACAGAAGCCGGGAUGAUUACUACUCCAAGUCUUCUUCGCGCCGCGAUCACCUUGACAAAAGCCGAGACAAAUACCGCGACUCGGACCGUGAACGGCGCCGGCGCCGGGACGAUUGA